AUGCAGCUGUGCUGUGAAAACCUUACCUGCUCCUGCGUAGUUCAGUCAGCCGUGAAAGACACCCUUGAAUGCAACCACCUACGCUGCGCAGCAGUCUCCCUGGCCGCCACCAACCGCAGCCGGGUGAAGUGCGGUGUCACAGGCCCCAGCUUCCAACGUGCCGCGGAUGGCUCCCCCUUCUCCUCAUCUAGCCCAACAGGAGCAGCUCCCGCUGUGGGCGGCCCUCCUACCGCUUCAGCGACACUGCAGUCUCUGUCGCCACCACCAACCCAUGCUGCAGUGAGUCGGCCAUGCCAGGCUCUGCUGUGUCUUCCCACCCAGCUCUUUCCUCCCGGGCUUAGCGGACAAGAAGGGGGAGACACCGGCUGCACGCUGGAGGCUGGAGGCUGGAGCCUGUGGCACCUCAGCUCGCCUCACUGCCGACAGGAUGACGGAGACUGUGGCGUGGCCAGAGUGGUAGAAUGGUGGCAAGCUUUUCUGGCUUUGCCCGCCCAGCUGCUCCAUACCCAGCUAGAGGAGGAGAAGGAGGAAGCACCGGAUGCAUGCUGGAGGCUGGAGCCUACAGAUGGCGUGGCUCUGUGGCUCACCUCACUGUGGUUGGUGGCUGUGAUGGAGACUGCAACUCAGCUGGAGCGAUUCUGCUCUGUGUAGAUGACAGCAGCCAUCCUGAGACAUCCAUCUAUGGAAGUGCAUGACUUUGGUCAGUUGCAAUAUUGACAGUAAUACUGUUCCCUACCAGGUGCACCACAGGCUGGUCCCAUACCAAGCCCUUUGUGUGAAUAUCAGGUAUUUUCACAGGGGAUUUCUUUGUACCACCUAGAGAAAAGCCUCAUUCAACAGACCUUCCACAUUUGUAUGCGAAGUCCUACCCCUCCUGGACUUUUGCUGUUCUUCAAAGCACACAUACACCAGGAUCAUACGCUUGGGUGCCUAGGACUUCUCAUUUUAUCUUCUCAUAAAUGGGACUGAGAAGGCACCAGAAACUUGGGGACCAGCCAGCGGCAUGCUGUGUUCUCAGUGAAGCUAUUGAAAAACCUUAGUUACAGUUCUAGAAAUAAAUGUAUUCAUGAAAAAUUAAGAAAAUAUAGUUUUCCCCUUUCUAGAUUACCAUCAUUAUAAAGAGACACACCAAUUGUCUUAUGAUAUAAAAGUCAGAAUUGGAAGUAUAUAAAGUAAAAAAUCCAAUUGCUGCAUUCUAGAAACUCUUAUGCAUAUUUUUAAAAGAUAAUCAAACACAAUCACCAGGAAAAACCUUUGAUCUAAGAUAUGCCAAUUUUUUUUGGUCUCCAAAGUAUACUAUUUUCCUCUGAUUAUGUUAAAGAAGAUUGCCUUUAAAAACAUUGAAUGGAGAUAAUUUUGAGUCCUAUUAACUUGUAUUUCAAGCUUGCCUCAAGCACUAAUGAGAAAAAAAAAGUCCUGUUUUUCUCACAAAGAGGAAUACACAACUCCAGCCUCAAAAAUACACUCAGUGUUUGCAUUUUAUUAAAGCACACUUUGGACAUCUGUGCCACUGACCUACAGGUAUACUGAUCUAAAGACGUAUUAGUAUGCUGUAUGAGAUCAAGUUUGAGAAUAUUGCUUUAUCAAUCAAAUGAAAGCAUCUCUAACAUUUAAAUGCUUACCUGUGGCAUGAUGCCACCAAUGACUACCGCCUCUUCACUCCAAGUAUUUGCAGAACUGCUUACACAAGCCCCCCAGAUUGCCUGCUGUUGUAUAUUUCAAGAUAUUCUUAUUUAUGGUCUUGUUAUGCAGGUGUAACUGUGGGCUCAAACCAGUGACAUUGUUUGGGACAGGAGGUGACAGAGCUAAGAGUCGGACAUGGGGCACACCUGUGCUCAGAUGAACUGAUUAUUAUUCAUGGGAAUUUAAGCAAUUAUUUUCCAAUUUUAAAUCUGUUUCCCCAUUUGUAAAAAAUUAUUCCAUGUAAGUAUUGUGAGCAUUAAACAAAAGAAUGUAUGUUAAACAUUUAGCUCAGAGCAAGGCACAUAGCAAAUGCUUAAUAAAUAAUAGCCAUU